UAUAACUAACUUUCUAGACCAUCAGAUUACGUUUUGUUAAUUUUAAUAAAAAUUAGCAAUCAGAUAUAAUAAAAUAUUAAACUGCCCAUGGCUGUACUCUGUGCACUAGCAAAGACCACAAGAGCAAAAAUAAUUCUGAAGGGCAUUUGCUGAGACAGUUUGGACAGCGUAAUGGGCUUCUUACGUAGGUUAUUAAUUCUCUUACGUAUAUAAGGAGAUCAAUGCUCAAGGCGGAGCAAUUCAAUAUCAAUAGGAAUACAAACACUGAAGAGCAAACAAAAGGAGGCAAAACGGCAGGGAUUGGUCAAUUGAGUUGAAAUAGGAAACAACUUCGCGCGCUCGUAAAGCACUUCUCCAGAUCAGGACCAUGGAGAGCUCUAAACUGUGGACGAGAGCGGUCGUUUGUACAGCGCUGCUGUCCAUCCUAUGUGGUGCUGAAACGAGCGACUCAGAAAUGGAAGUGGAUUUGGAAACGAGAAACAUUCACGACUUCUAUCCACAAAAUCCGAAUCUAACGAACGAAAAACGUCUUCUUGGAGCUCUACACGAAGUUCUAAAAAAACUGCAGACCAAAAGAAUUAAUCCAUGGGAAAAGAAAUUUGGACAAGUUCCCACUUGCGACGUGGGGGAGCAUUGCGCAGUGAGGAAAGGUGCUCGAAUCGGCAAAAUGUGCGACUGUCCACGGGGAGCUUUCUGCAACUUCUUUCUGUUGAAGUGCUUGUGAAUGGAGGUUUAUUGGAUUCAAUCCCCUGUCAUUGUGUUAUUUAAAAGAAACAUAUGUCAUUAUUUUUAUGAAUAUUUUUCAAAUACAGGCGGACUAUAAUUGUCAAUGUUAUGGUGGGACCACCAAUUAGAUAAUGGUACAUCCUAUCGUUUGCUGGAGUUAGAUUAAACAUUUGUGUCACCUAAGUGUUACUGAGCUCUCUAUAUUGUGCAAUAAAGUGUGUCACAACUUAUUUCGUAAUCAUUA